AUGGAGGCCGUGCGGAGGGCGCAUGAGGCCGCGCUCCGGCUGCUCCUCUUCGGGCCCUGGAGCUCGGCCGCCGCCGCCCGCGCGAAGCCCCGCGCCUCGGAGGUGCUGACGCGGCACCUGCUGCAGCGGCGCCUGCCGCACUGGACCUCCUUCUGCGUGCCCUACCGCGCCGUGCGCAACGACCAGUUCGGCCUGUCGCACUUCAACUGGCCGGUGCCCGGCGCCAACUACCACGUCCUGCGCACCGGCUGCUUCCCCUUCGUCAAGUACCACUGCUCCAAGGCGCCCUGGCAGGACCUGGCGCGGCAGGACCGCCUCUUCACGGCGCUCAAGGCCGUCAACCUCGGUCUUCCGACUUUAUUAUAUGGUCUUGGCUCCUGGUUAUUUGCUAGAGUAACAGAGACUGUACAUACCAGUUAUGGACCAGUAACAGUUUAUUUUCUAAAUAAAGAAGAUGAAGGUGCCAUGUUUUGAAAGUGGGCAUCAAGGAACAUGCCUAUUCGUGGAUUUUCUCUCGUCUGUAUGUGCAGUAUUUAUUUUUGUUCCUUAAAAUAAAACCUUUUCCCUUUUA